AACCUUUAGACCAAACGGCCACAAUAUUUUUCCCGGGGUUUGGUGGAGGGAAGCCACGUUUUGGACGUUGCUCCAUUGCAUCAUCGCUGUAUUUUACCGAGCGAUGAAGUCGAUUCUCGGUGUUCUCUGUCCGUUCGAUCCAUCUCGCCGGAGAUGGCCUCGCAAGUUGCAAUUCUUCAAACGAAGUUGCCGGAAAUCCAGCCGCCAUGUUUUUCUUCCACCAAAAGCUCAGCCAGGUUCUUCAGGAGCAUUACGAUGGCACCUCGGCCACCGGUGUCCCAUUUAUCGUCGUCAUCACCAGCUGCUGAAAUUGGAGAUCGGAGAUUCUGGAAUUUUCCUAGCACUAGUUUCGGAAAUUUUCAAUUGCGACGGCGUAUUGCUGUAAAAUCUCAUUUGAAAUUGAAUCUCCCGCUAAUUUCUCCGCAUGAUCAGUGGGGCAACUGGACUGUUUUAUUUUCCGUAGGAGCCUUCGGUAUCUGGUCCGAGAAAACGAAGAUUGGCAGUGCACUAAGUGGUGCCUUAGUGAGCACAUUGGUAGGACUUGCAGCCAGUAAUGUUGGGAUUAUUGCAUCUGAUGCUCCAGCUUUUCCCAUUGUUUUGGAGUUUUUGCUACCGCUAUCAGUUCUUUUGCUGUUAUUUAGAGCAGAUUUGCGUCGUGUAAUAAAUUCAACUGGCACUCUUCUCUUGGCCUUUUUGUUAGGUUCAGUUGGAACAACAAUUGGAACCGCAGUGGCCUAUUUUCUCGUACCAAUGCGAUCGCUUGGUCAAGACAAUUGGAAAAUCGCUGCUGCACUAAUGGGAAGACAUAUUUGUGGAGCUGUCAAUUAUGUUGCUAGUUCUGGUGCUCUUGGUGUUUCUCCAUCAGUAAUGGCUGCUGGACUUGCUGCAGAUAAUGUAAUUUCUGCAGUUUAUUUUGCAACAUUGUUUGCAUUAGCAUCUAAACUACCUGCUGAACCUACACCAUCAAGCGAUAAUGUCAAGAAGGAUGCAGAGGCUGAGCAUAACAAUAAACUUCCAGUAUUACAAUCUGCCAUAUGCCUUGCUGUAUCAUUUGCCAUUUGUAAGGCUGGUUCCUACCUGACCAAACAUUUUGGAAUUCAAGGUGGUAGCAUGCCAGCAAUCACAGCUGCAGUCGUGAUCUUGGCAACCAUUUUUCCUAAGCCGUUUGCUUACCUUGCACCUUCUGGUGAGGCUAUGGCUGUGAUUCUGAUGCAGGUUUUCUUUAAUGUAGUGGGAGCAAGUGGGAAUAUAUGGAGUGUCAUCAACACUGCACCAAGUAUCUUCAUGUUUUCUCUUGUCCAGAUUGCAGUCCAUCUUGCCAUAACCGUUGGUCUCAGAAAGCUGCUUCGUUUCGACCUAAAGUUGUUGCUGCUAGCAUCGAAUGCGAACAUUGGAGGUCCCACGACAGCGUGCGGGAUGGCCACAGCAAAGGGUUGGAGUUCAAUGGCUGUUCCUGGAAUUCUUGCUGGAAUUUUCGGAAUCGCGAUUGCAACUUUCCUAGGAAUAUUACUCCCGAAAGCCCGAUCUCCACUAUUAAUUGGACAACUUUUUGAGUUCGCAUCUUCACUUGUACUAAAAAAGGAAAAAACAAAAAAUGGUGGCAGCACGCGCGAAGUAUUUUUCUUUAAAAAUAAUAUUCCCGGGCUCUGGGGGAGGGAACCCACGUUUUUACAUUGUUUGUAUCACUGUAUUUUACUGAGUGAUGAAGUCCAUUGUCGGUGUUCUCUCUCCGUUCAAUCCAUCUCGCCGGAGAUGGCAUCGCAAGUCGCAAUUCUUCAAUCGAAGUCACCGCAACUCCAGCUGCCAUGUUUUUCUUCCACCAAAAGCUCAGCCAGGUUCUUCAGGAGCAUCACAAUGGCACCUCGCCCACCGGUGCCCCCUGUUUCGUCAUCAUCACCAGCUGCUGAAAUUGGAGAUCGGAGAUUCUGGAAUUUUCCUAGCAAUAGCUCCGGAAAUUUUCAUUUGAGACGAUGUAUUGCUGUAAAAUCUCAUUUGAAAUUGAAUCUCCCACUAAUUUCUCCGCAUGAUCAGUGGGCCAACUGGACUGUUUUGUUUUCCGUAGGAGCCUUCGGUAUCUGGUCCGAGAAAACGAAGAUUGGCAGUGCACUAAGUGGUGCCUUAGUGAGCACAUUGGUAGGACUCGCAGCCAGUAAUGUUGGGAUUAUUGCAUCUGAUGCUCCAGCUUUCCCUGUUGUUUUGGAGCUUUUGCUACCGCUAUCAAUUCCUUUGCUGUUAUUUAGAGCAGAUUUGCGUCGUGUAAUAAAGUCUACUGGCACACUUCUCUUGGCCUUUUUGUUAGGUUCAGUUGGAACAAUAAUUGGAACCGCAGUUGCCUAUUUUCUUGUACCAAUGCGAUCGCUUGGUCAAGACAGUUGGAAAAUUGCCGCCGCACUAAUGGGAAGACAUAUUGGUGGAGCUGUCAAUUAUGUUGCUAUUUCUGGUGCUCUUGGUGUUUCUCCAUCGGUAUUGGCUGCUGGACUUGCUGCAGAUAAUGUAAUCUGUGCAGUUUAUUUUGCAACGUUGUUUGCAUUAGCAUCUAAAGUACCUGCUGAACCUACACCAUCAAGCGAUAAUGUCGGGAAGGAUCCUGAGGCUGAGCAUAACAACAAGCUUCCAGUGUUGCAAUCUGCCACAGCCCUUGCUGUAUCAUUUGCCAUUUGUAAGGCCGGUUCCUACCUGACCAAACAUUUUGGAAUUCAAGGUGGUAGCAUGCCAGCAAUCACAGCAGUCAUCGUGGUCUUAGCCACCAUUUUUCCGAAGCCAUUUGCUUACCUUGCACCUUCUGGUGAGGCCAUGGCUGUUAUUCUAAUGCAGGUUUUCUUUACUGUAGUGGGAGCGAGUGGGAAUAUAUGGAGUGUCAUCAACACUGCACCAAGUAUCUUCAUGUUUUCUCUUGUCCAGAUUGCAGUCCAUCUUGCUAUGACCAUUGGUCUCGGAAAGCUGCUUCGAUUCGACCUAAAGUUGUUGCUGAUAGCAUCGAAUGCAAAUGUCGGGGGCCCCACGACAGCGUGCGGGAUGGCCACAGCAAAGGGUUGGAGUUCAAUGGUUGUUCCUGGAAUUCUUGCUGGAAUUUUCGGAAUUGCGAUUGCAACUUUCCUAGGUAUUGGAUUUGGAUUGAUGUUCUUGAAAUACAUGUAAAAUCAUUCAGUCUCAGAUCAUAAAACUGCUGGUUUCUUCACAAGUGUUUGUAUAACUAUUUUGAGGGAGUACCUUUUCCUUCUUAAUUGUUUUCUCGAAACGUAUUAGAGAGCUCAUUUUCUUGGUGUGUAUUUGGCAUGCCAUUCAAUGAAAA